AUGUACCAGGGCCGCCACAUGUGCUGGGGGGAUGGCACCACCUUCGAGUCCUGUUGCGUCGUCUCUGGAGAUGGGUGCUUCGAGACCUGGGGCUCUUUGGAGCAGGCCGCGGCGGAGUUCUGCUGCUCCACGCCGGAGAGCGUUUCUGCGCGCGGGAACCACGAGCGGCUGUGGGAGGUGCAGGCGGCGGUGACCACCAAGGCGGCUUUGGCGGUGGACUGCUUCCGACGCCUCGGCGGCGACUGUGAGCUUCACUUCGUGGAGGAGGUGGCACGCAUGGAGGUGGGCGACCCAGAGCACCUGCGGCGCUGGCUGGCGCGACCGCACCGCUGGCGUGCGGAGCCGGUGGACCUGUGGCAUGCCGGGCUGGCCAUGAGCGAGGUGGUCCUCCAUUGGAGACUUCAGGAGAUGUUGGGUUUGUACUUCGGCUCUGGCCCCAACAUCCUGGGAAACAUCGAGUUCUUCAACAAGAUGCACAGCCUGCUGGUGAAGCAGCUGCACCUGACCAUCCGGGAGCUCUCGCAGCUGCGGUUCCUGGAGGAAUUGCGGCGCCCCUGGCGGCCGCGUGGGCCACCGGUCCACAUUGCGCUGGUGGCCUCCGUGGGCUUGCCCGUCUUCGCUGCCAAGGCCAUGGCCACGGUGCGCUCCGCCCUGUUCUUCGCCAGGCGCCGGCCGCUGCACUUCCACCUCUUCGCGGACGGGGAGGGCGUGGCGGCGGUGCGCGCCGCCUGGGCGCGCCUGGAGCCGCGCCUGGCGCGGCGGGGGACCUACGAGGUGCACAGCGACCUGCAGCCCUUCUUCCAGCUCCUCAGCGGGCUUCUUCCUCAGGACUGCCUGGGCCGCAGCCGGAAGUUCGGGGACAGUGGCUGGCUGCGGCUGCUGCCCCACGAGGUCUUCAAGGUGCGCAACUUCAAGCGCUUGAUCUACGUGGACGCCGGGGACUACGUCUUCCUGGAGGACCCCGCGCUGAUGCUGCGCCACCGGAGGCACUUCACCAGCACCCAGGUGGCUGGCGGCCCUCUCGGCGGCUCCAUCCCAGUGCAGGUCCUCGACGUGGAUCGGAUGGCCCGGGUGGGAUGGACGGAUCUCCUCCGGCGCUUCGUGAAGCAACAGGUCCGGGAGGUGGGCCCAAGCAUGUGCGACCUGGGCGAGGGCUGGAUCUCCGGCGCCCUGGCCAAUGAGGCGGUGGUGUGGCACAACUUCGACGCGAACUGGGCAAUCGAGCCCCGCGAGUUCGGCGGCCUGCAGGGCAGCGGGGGAGGCAUGCGGGAUUUGUGGCUGCAGAGCCCGGAUGUGUGGCGAGAACGAGUCUACCCCGGAGUUCAAGACUGGACACAGCUUCGCGUGCACUGCCCGCGUUUCAGCGAGAGCUUUCUGACUGCCGCCUUCCUCGGCGAGAUGCCCGCGGACAAGGCGGCCUUCAUUUGGGCGCAGCACCUCGCGGCAGAGAACGAUGCCUCGGCUGUGGAGAAUCGUACUUUGUAUCAGGCGCACUUCACCACGGUGUGGAACCAAAUGGGCAUCAAAUGCGGCAGUAAGAUCCUGGGCUUGCACUUCGCCCUGAACUUGAAGGCGGUUCCUUGGGCUCGGCGCUUCCUCAACUUCUGGGCUGGCUCGGAGGCUUGGGGCGCGGACGUCGAGGACUUCGAGAAGCGCGCCAUGACCCGGGCCCGCGAUGACCCCGCCGCGCGCGCUGCGCGGGCGCGUCUCAACGCCACGGGCGGGGCCCGACAAGAAACGGCGGGCCCGUGCAUGGAACAUGAGGCCGUUGCCGAGGCAGGAUGGAUCCCGGCGGAUCCCGGCUCAAGGGACACGGAAGCCCACGAGUUAAGCUAA